GGUGAGUUGGGAAUACAAUUGUUGGUUAGUCCAGUAUACGUGAAGUGGUCUAUUCGCAAGGAAACUUUGAAGAGUUUCUGUAACCUUCCGAGCAAAUAACACACAUUUAAACAAACCAAUGGAAAACAACGAAACAGACGAAAAGGGUGUUAAAUAUUAUCGAUUGUCAGAGGUGGAGGAACGGAACUCUUUUAAAAGCACAUGGAUUAUCAUUCAUAAUAAAGUGUACGACGUCACAAAGUUUCUCGAGGAGCACCCGGGUGGAGAGGAGGUGCUGCGAGAGCAGGCGGGUGGAGAUGCCACAGAGAGUUUUGAAGAUGUCGGCCACUCGACAGAUGCACGCGAGAUGGCCAGUUCUAUGCUCAUAGGAGAGCUGCAUCCGGAUGAUAGGGACAAGUUUUCCAAACCACCAGAAACACUUGUAACGACCGUACAAGAAAGCACAAGCUGGUGGUCAAACUGGUUGAUACCUGCCGUCGCUGCAGUAAUCGUCACGUUGAUGUACCGUAUAUACACGGCAGAAGAGGCAUGAUGGGAUGUUUUUCUCGCUGUGCUUACAACUAUAGUACCCAUAAUCCAUUUCAGGUUUUCCCAUUACCAUAAAGAUUCUACUAAUGAAGGCAACUUUUGUGUUAGUUUCACUGUUUGUUGUCACGUAUCCCUGGAGAUUUAAAUACUGAUAUAUGCAGAUGUUUUUAUGAAAGGAUAUUUUAGAUCUAGCGUUAUAAAUAUUAGGGGUGGGAGAAAAAAAUCGAUUCUCCGAUGCAUCGCAAUUCUCUCUUCAAUCGAUUCGGAAUGUUUCAGAGUGAAUAUAAAAUAAGGCGGGCUUCAUUGCACAGAAUUUGCGCUGUGAGACACGUGCACAUUGCUUGACAGCGUGAGCUUCCACCCGCCGUGGUUUACUUUAGAUAUGCUUUCAUUUAUAUCGUUUGGAAUGCAGUACUAUUAGAUGCAUGAAACUCGUGCACUGACAGACUUUGACUUUUGUUUGUCCUGAAGCUCGAUUGGUUUUCGGAACACUUAUUUUAAAUAAGUAAUUGUUUUAAAAAGUAGCCUGCUUAUAUAAUAAAAAAUAAUAAUAAUAAAAAAAGUAAAUUUUGCAUAAAACAAAUAUGAAAAUGUAGCCAUGUGCAGUAAUAUUAAACACUGAGAAUGUGACGCAUCGUUAUAUUGAGUUGAUGGUGAUAAUUGUAAUUGAAUCGAAUCGUGAAACCAAGAUUCACACCCCUACUUUUAAGAUGGCAGUACUGACACACAGAGAUUCCAACUAUAAACAAAAAGCAUAGAAACUCCAAUUUUGGUUAAGAUGUAAAGAUGUAUUUGCACAGCAGAAGAAUUAAUUGGGGAAAAAAUGUAGAUCAAGAAUCGUUUUGGAAUCGGAUCGGAUCGUGAAGUGCCUGAAGAUUCCCACCCCUAAAUAAUAUGCAUACUCAAUAUGAAGUUUUGAUUGUCUUAAUUAUUUUCUGUUGUGUAAUACUAUGUGUACACCAUUUAUUCGGUUGAAAUGUCCAUGCUGAAGUGGGGAAUAUACUGAAUAUGAUCACAUACAUAAAGACAACAUUUUGUUCCUCAAAUAAAUAAUUUAGUUUCACUUCAGAUGUCAUUAAUGUUCAUGUCAUUGCAAGCUGAAUGUAGUUGCAUCAGAGAGAAAUGAUACAAAAGUACAAAUUCUCAACAAAAAAAAACGACUGAAUAAAAUGCAAGGUGUUACUGUUUAUUAACAAAAUCAGGUAAUUAUUUUGUCAUUAAUAUGCCAAUUCUGACAGAUUCACUGGAUGUUCUGACAAUAUUCAUAUUUAUCCACAAAAUCAAAAGUAAAAAACUAAAACAAAAACAACAAUAAAUAAAUUAAAUGAAGUUUUUAGGGUCAUUUGUGUUUAACUGAUUAUAUAUAUACACUGUGAUUAUACAUUUCCUGUUUUUUCUUUUGUAUUUGGAGUGAAAUAUGAACCGGACACGUUCAACAUGUGAUUGUACACAGCCUAACUAACCAAAAAUAUAAUUAUGUGCUUUAUUAGACAAUCAGCUAGCAGUCACCAUGUCAUUAUCAGUUGUGAAGUGAAACACGGUUAUAAUCAUAUUUUUGGUUGCAAGUUACAUAUUGAUGUGCCAUUUAAAUGCAUAUCAGUGUACCACCAUGAACGGUGCUUAUACAUUCCCUUUUUUUCAUUGUUUAACAAAAAUGAAUGUAAGAUACUUGAUAUAAGAUACAAGCAGCUUUUCCAUAGAAACAUCCUUCCAGAUGUUUUCAGUGUGUGUUCAUUGCUGUUUCAGUGCUGCUCCACACUAAUGCUAACGGCUGAGAGAAUGACACAUUGUAACGUGUGCCAGUGUUUUGUGUCAUGUUGACUGAAUGCAGCAGACAAAUCGUUCAGCUUUAUUGUGUCCCAAUAAACAAAGAAACUGAU